AGGCUGAGAUCAUGCAGAAAACUGUCUUUCUGGCUCUCGUGCAAGUCCUGGCAUGGACCUGGACCAUCCAGGCUCUUGUUCUCCCAGAACCUUUCUACCCUACGCAGGAGAACUUCGACCUAACCAGGUUUUUGGGGACUUGGCAUGAUGUUGCCGUGGCUAAGACAUACCCAAAUAUGGAAUACCACAAAAAGGAUUCAUCCAUCGGCCAGCUGGUGUUGCAGAGAGGAACCGCCGAGAACAAACUGCAGAUGACCAGAACCGUACUCAAAGAUGGGAUCUGUAAGGAGAAACAUGGAGACUAUAAUCUGACUUCAACACCAGGACAUUUUCGUUUUGAAAAGUGGGACAAAGAAGUGGACACCUUCGUGGUGCACACAAACUACGAGGAAUACGCCCUCCUAGUAUCACUCAAGGAGAGAUCCCAGGGCCAGAGCCACAUCACAGUGAAGCUUUACAGUAGAACCAUGGACGUGAGAGACACGGUGCUGGAUGACUUUAAAAGGAUGGUCAGAGAGCAAGGGAUGUGCGACGACACCAUUAUCAUUAAACAGAACAAAGGUGACUGUGUUCCUGGAGAGCAGGAGGAAGAGCCGACAACUUUGCCUGAGAGGAAGAAGAGGGACGUAGCACCCACCAUGGCGCUGGCAGAAAUGGAAAUGGACGGUUCUGGCGAUGACACGCUCAUGUUCAACGGAUCGGAGGCGUGCACUUUAGGGCCGGAAGCGGGGCCGUGUUUCGGGAUGCACCAGCGCUACUUCUACAACUCCAGCGCCAUGAGCUGCCAGGUGUUCAAGUAUGGAGGCUGUCUGGGAAACAAGAACAACUUCAAGAGCGAGAGGGAGUGUCUGCAGAGGUGUCGCACCGAGGCUGUGUGCCGUCUCCCGCUGACCGCCGCUGCGUGCACGGGGGAGCCCCUCAGCUGGUCCUUCAGCUCCAUCAUCGGCGAGUGUGUGCCUUACAAACCCGGCUUCUGCCAGACCAACGGCAACAAGUUCUACAGCAAGGCCGAGUGCGACGAGUACUGCGGUGUUAAAGGUGCACAAAUCCUGGAAGAAGAGUGAGGGAACGUCCCAAGCUCUUCACAGUCAAAAUGCCAAACACUGACCGGAUGUUUUGUCUGCAAA